AUGUACGGCCAGUCCAGUGUGUCUGAUGACGCACAGGGUGAAGCGGUGCACGGGCGAUCCCGACGCGAACACGAGGCCGACAGAGCCGACAAAGGUGUUGUGACCGUCCCAGCAGCUACCAACAAGUCGUUGCCACUGCAGCCCUCGUCGCCAACCGAUCAUCCAACAAGCAUCUCUUCCGAGGCCUCCAUGUCGACCGUCACUGCGUCCCCACGCAGCAGCACGGGAAUCGGAAUAACUGAGGAAACGUCCACCACAAGUUUGACCGAGCGCAGCCGGCCACCUAGGCCACCGUCGAAGGCGCCGACACCAGCGCUCCCACCCAAGCCCCAACCUCCAUCAACAUGGAGGGCACGCCCUCGUGCAGGGACGAGUGCGUCCACAGGCGCCGCAACAAAACGCCGUCCGACAUCGACUUACAGCGUGCAAUCAAUGGGCGGCGCGCCCCUCGCUCCAUCCGCCAGUGUGCCGCUCACCCCACGCCCACCCGAACCGUCCAACGCGACGGCCAGCGCAGCCGAUUCCCCCUCCCAGUCUCGCUCAGGUCUCAGCUUGCGUGCGCGCCUACACCUCCCCGGCAGCGGAGGGAACAGCAUUGGCCACAUUACGCAUAGCAGGCGAGAGAGCAAGCCCCAGGUGGGCGCUCCCUCGUUCGGCGCGACCCAUUCGGUGUCGACGACGCCGACAGCGAGGUACGGACCGGGUGGGGUUGGCAUGACGGCAGCAGGAGCACCGGCUAUCUCUUCGUCGUCGUCGUCCAGCACACCGGCAUUCUUUGGGAGAGUGCACAAGAAGGUCUGGGGCGAGAGCUCGUGGGCUAAAGGAGUGCACAACAAGCUGUGGAAGCCUCUUGGGUGA